UGAACGCAGAUGGGUAUAAAAUAGGGAUGGGAAGACGAACGGCUUUCUCCCAAACUCUUUCCCGCAACCUUCCUCCCUCCCUGACAUUCCACCUCCAAACCCUGCAGCCUCUGCUCUGUUCGUAGCCACUCCUCGUACCCAGUAUGGCUCUCCUACCUGUCCAGCUUGUCCGCCCGAGCGCGCUCCAGAUCGAUGCCGACACCCCAUGCGUCCUCGCGAUGCACAUCCCCAUCACCCUCCCCCACCAGCUCGACCCGUCAGUGCCCGCGCCGCCCUACCACUUGGGCAUCAUAGGGGCCGAAGCCGGCCUCAGCUCCCACGCCAUCCCUGUGCUGCGGCGUCUGAUGGCUGAGAUCGUCUCCCGCCUAUUUGGCCCCGAGCACGCCACCGACGCUCUCAAGGCCUCCGACCACGCCCUGCCUACCCCUGGCGCUCGCCACCUACGCCUCAUGAGUGAAUUCGACUCGAGCCUCGUUAUCGACAGGGAGAAUGGGUUCAAUCUUGCAGCUGGAUACUACAAGGAUCAAUACGGCGACGAGGGUCACGGUCCGAUCGACGCCUACGUGGAGGAUGUAGGGGGUCACAUUGUCAUUCUCCACGGAUUUGUGCUGUACCUUGUCCGUGGGGUGCGGGAUGCAAGGGAACUGGUCGAGAUCAACCCCAGAGUCCUUCGCUUUGACCUGGAGGGCGAGGGCCGCGGCGCGCUGGGACACGAACUUGUGUUCGGUGUCAAGGAGUACACCGAAACCUCCCGGAGGCUCCUUAUCCCCGACGAACUGGCUAUCCUCAUGAGCACUGGGGAUUCGAUUGCUGCUGGUGGCCAUAGGCUGUAAGAUAGCUUUUGAGGGAAGUCACUGCGCAUUUCUUCUGUUUUGGCACGGCCAGCGUGCUAGUUUAUUGAGUACCGAGACUACUA